GUGUCACACCUUUCCCAGAGAGCCCAGCCCCACUGCCAGGAAAGAGCCUGACUGCUCCCCAGCUGAUCUCAUAGGAACACUCCAGACCUCCAGCAGCUCCCGGAGUACAAACACCAGCAGUGGACCAAGGCCCUACAGCUGCCUACAGCCAUGUUGGCCCUCAACCUGCUCAUACUGGGCCUGCUCUCCGCAGUGGCACCUGCCAGCUGUCAACAAGGUCUGGGGAACCUUCAGCCCUGGAUGCAGGGCCUUAUUGCUGUGGCCGUGUUCCUGGUCCUGGUUGCAAUCGCCUUUGCUGUCAACCACUUCUGGUGCCAGGAAGAGCCGGAGCCUGGGAACAUGGUCAUGAUUGUUGGAAGCAAGGCAGACGGGGUCCUGGUGGGAAUGGACGGCAGAUACUCUUCAAUGGCGUCUGGUUUUAGGUCCAGUGAGCACAAGAAUGCCUUCGAGAACAUUCUGGAGGAAGAGGGCAGGGUCCGCAGCACACCCAUGUGACAAGCUCCUCUAUGGCCCCAGUCCCCAGGCUAUGGGGCACACAGAGUUGAUGCCGGCACUUCACCCCAUCACUGCCCUGCAGGGAUCUAUUGAAACAAGCUGCCCCUCUCGGCUCUCGUGAGUCACAGCCAAACUGAGCACAGGAUGCACUGUGGCCCUGGGGUCUUCCACCCAAUUCUGAGGAGCCCUCACCUUUCAUCUCCCUCCUCCUGCAACUAUGGAAGUGGCCCUGAUGUCUACGAAAUAAAGACUUUUUAUACUUCUGGGGCAAAGACUCAGACCCAGC